GCCCAUAAUGUUUAUUAACUCCGCCCAUCAAAAUGGCGUCUUCAAGAGAUGAUUGGAAGAAGAAAAAAGAGUUAGAAGAGGCUCGAAAGGCUGGAACUGCUCCUGCUGAAGUUGAUGAAGAAGGAAGGGAUAUUAAUCCACAUAUACCUCAAUACAUUGCUCAAGCUCCAUGGUACGUGUCAUUAGGAAGACCAUCUCUAAGUCAUCAGAGACCACAAGAACAGAACAAGAAGGUUUAUGAUGGAAUCGAUGCCUGGUACAAGAGAGGAGAAGGAGCAGGAACAAACGUAAGGAAGUUUAGAAAAGGAGCUUGCGAGAAUUGUGGAUCAAUGACACACAAGAAGAAGGACUGUAUGGAGAGACCGCGUAAAGUUGGUGCAAAGUUUAAUAAUAAAGAUAUCAAGGAAGACGAGAGAAUGCAACCAAGCUUUAACCUUAGUUAUGACGGGAAGAGGGAUAGGUGGAACGGCUAUAAUCCUGAUGAUCACAAAGCGAUUAUCGAAGAGUAUUCUAAAGUUGAACUGGCAAAGCGACAGCUGAAAGCGGAGAAAUUACAAGAAGAAUUGAUAUCUGGUCAAUUAUCAGAAGAGACUGUGAAAAAGACAGAAGGUGGAGCUGAUGGCUUAGAUGAUGACAAAUAUGCCGAUGAAGUUGACAUGCCUGGCACCAAAUUUGACUCGAAAACAAGAACGACCGUCCGGAAUCUUCGCAUAAGAGAAGACACUGCGAAAUAUUUGUAUAAUCUUGAUCCGAAUUCAGCUUACUAUGAUCCUAAGACACGAUCGAUGAGAGAGAAUCCGUUUAAAAAUAUGAACAGAGAUCCUACUGAAUUAAAAUAUGCCGGAGAAAAUUUUGUAAGACACACUGGAGAUGUUAAAGAGUUUGCUAAACAGCAAAUGUUUGCAUGGGAGGCAUAUGAACAUGGAACGGACAUUCACCCGCAGGCAGAGCCCACAGCACUGACGCUAAUGCAUAGAGACUUUCAGAGCAACAAAGAUGAAUUUAAAACAGAUUUAAAGCAAUCGAUUAUAGAUCAAUAUGGAGGAGAGGAACAUCUUGAAGCACCUCCGAAAGAAUUACUAUUAGCUCAAACUGAGCAUUAUGUUGAAUAUUCAAGACUAGGGUCUGUCAUCAAAGGACAAGAAAAAGCAAUUGCAAAAUCACGUUAUGAAGAGGACACGUAUAUUAACAAUCACACAAGUGUAUGGGGAUCAUAUUGGGAGGAUGGACAUUGGGGAUACGCCUGCUGUCACUCGUUAAUUAAAAUGUCUUAUUGCACAGGACUCUCUGGUAAAAUAGCUAGAAAGGGUGGUAAAGUCUCUUUGUCAAAGGGAAUUAGAGAGAGAGAGGUUGAAGAAGAGGAGGAGGAGGUGAAGUCUCUUGUCCAGCAGCACAAGGAGAAAUUGGAAGAGGAAAGAAAGAAAGGAAAGAAGAAAAGCGAUAAUGUUGAAGAUGAAAGUUUAAAGAAAGAAGAGAGAAUCAGAGCGGCUAUGGAGAGGGAGAAGAGAAAGGAAGAGGAGCUGAAAGCAUUUAUGGAGUUGGAUGAAAGAAAAAGACCGUACAAUUCGAUGAAGGCUGAAGGUUCAAUGUUUCCAACUGACGAAGAAAUGGAAGCGUAUCACAGAAGAAAGAGACGAAAAGAUGAUCCCAUGAACGAAUUCAUUUAACAUAAAGAUUAAAAAUUAAUAAAAAUGAAAUAGUUAAAUAAUGUCAUAGAUUUGA